CUCAGAGAAGUGAGGACUGAGGGAAGCGAUUAGUAAAUUAAAAAAAAAACAUAGCGUUAGCGUUGCGUUUUCCCUCCGUUGCCUUUGCUUGUUGCUUUAGUUAAAAGUGUUUCGCAUCUUAGUUAAAAAUAAUCUUCCAUUAUUGUUUACUAUCCAAAAUUUAGGAUGCGUAAAGUUUCUAGAAGUCGUGCGGAUGAUGAUGUCGUUUCAUCUACAAAUGGGUCCGGAUCAGUGGCCAACGAAGAACGCCAAGAAGCCGAGAAACCAGAUCGUAAUGAUGAAGAUACGGGUGAUAAAGGCACUAACGAUGUAGACGAUGACUCUGAUGACUAUUUAGAAUCACCUAAAAAGAGUAAAACUAAGACUACUAAAAAAAGAAAGUCUGAUAGAAGUAGUAACAAGAAGGAAGAAGAAGAGGAGGAAGCUGAAUAUGAGGUGGAAAAAAUUAUUGAUUCAAAGAAAAUUAAAGGAAAACUGCAUUAUUUGAUUCGCUGGAAGGGAUAUUCCGCAGGCAAUGAUACAUGGGAACCCCAUAAUACUUUAUCCUGUCCUGAGUUAAUCAGCAAAUUCAAUGAAGAAAAAGAAAACUCAAAAAACAAUUCACCUAAAAAGGCUGCAAAAAGGAAAGGCACCAAGAAGGCAAGUAAAUCUUCUCCAAAGAAAACAAAAACAGAGUGGCAUGAUAAGGAUACUGAUGAAAAUGCAGAGUAUGAGGUGGAGCGGAUUCUUGAAGUUCACCACAAAAAGAAUGGCGAGCGUUCCUUCCUCAUCCAUUGGAAAGGAUGGUCUAAUAAAUUUGACUCUUGGGAACCAGAAAGCAAUUUAAAUUGUCCAGAAUUGAUAAAAAGAUUCAUGGAGAAGGUUGAUGUUGCACGCUCCACGGACUCGCGAAGCUUGAGAGUGGCUCCGGAAACUACUCAUCGUUUCACAUUGCAAGAUCCGUCAUCUGGUCGUCGUCUUAGCAAGCGCAGAGGUCAACGGCAGCGCGUAAGAUACGAUAAUGCCGAAUAAUAAUAAUUGUUGUUGUUCAAUCAUUUUGACGCAUACAGCAUAAGUGCAUGACUCGUUUUUGUGUGUAUCAAUCACAACAGUAAAACGUUUCAAUGCUGGAUGUUUCUCAAAUAAGGAUUAAAUGUAGUUAACUUUCAUCAUAUUUUAUGUAAUUGCAUAUUAAUAUAAACAAUAAAUAAACAUUUGAAACAGAAUUACUGUGUGUGCUAUGAUAAGAAUUAUUGUCCAAUAACUCCUUGGGACCUCAGUAACAUAUUAUAUUAAUAAUAACGAUUUUUAUUUUGUAAACUAUAAUUUCGUGUGAAUUUCAAAUAUAUUGUAUUUAAAAUGUU